AUCCAGACGCGGCGGGCACACCCAGUGGAGGCAAACCAGUUGGUUUCGAUGCAAAUUUGUCCCAGGUGGCUGCAGUUCCUUUUUACAUUUGAGAGAAAACGACCACACACACAGAGGAAUCAGUGGGUUUGUUUGAGAAAAUAAACACAUUGGCAAUGGAGGGGAGGAUUUCUACCUUGACUCUGCUGUCUCUGGUGCUGUCAGGUGUUGGUGCCAUCGAUGUGAACAUCCCAGAUGAGAUAUACGAGUUUGCCAGGGGUGACAACAUCACACUGCCCUGCAACUUCAAACCCAAAACUCCCUCGAAAGACAUCGUAGUCAUCAUCACAUGGUCUGGUGACGCUGAUCGCAUCGAAUCUGAUGAGACCCAGAUCCUCACUUAUUAUUCUUUUAAUAAACGUACGGACAUCAAAUCAAAGUAUGAAGGCCGGGUGUCCCUAGAUGUAGAUGUUGCCACGGGAAAGGCCGACCUGAAACUUUACUCCAUCAGACUAUUGGACAACAAGGAGUAUAAGUGUCUCGCCCAGAUUCCAGGGGACGACGAGGGCAAGUCGGCCGACACUGCGGUACUGGUGGUGCUAGUGGCUCCAUCUACACCCAUCUGUAAGAUCGAGGGAAAGGCGCAAUACGGCCAGAACAUCAACCUCACCUGUUUGUCUGCGGAAGGUUCCCCGGCACCCGCUUACUCGUGGAAAAGUGAAGAUGUCAGGAAACAUCCUCGCAUGCCCGCCCCAAGAACCACCGACAAGGGAGGCAUCCUGUCUCUAUACAACAUCUCCAAAGAAACAUCAGGGUACUACACCUGCACCUCGAAAAACAAGAUCCGCUCCGCCACCUGCAACAUCACCCUCACAGUCAUGCCACCUUCCAUGAACAUUGGCUCCACUGCAGGAAUCAUUGGUGGUGUCGCCGCCUUGUUGGUCGUAAUCAUCGUCGCCAUCUGUUGCUGCUGCUGCAUUAAGAAGAGGAAGAAGAAGGAGGAGGAAUACGCCAUGGGACUUCGUGAGGAUGAGUACAAUGACAAACAGCCGGUUAAAAAUGGUGAGAGUCGCAUUGCCGAUGGACAAGAGGACGACCGGGGUCAUGACUCCAGUGUGAGGGGCCCUGUUGAAGGCAGUGACCGCUACGAGGAACGAAGUGAGCGCAACUACGACGACCGCCGCAGCGACUACGACGACCGACGCAGCGACUACACCGAUCGCAGAAGCGAUUACGACGACCGACGCAGCGACUACACCGAUCGCAGAAGCGAUUACGACGACCGACGCAGCGACUACAACGACCGGCGCGAGAAGUACAAUGACCGCAAUGAGCGCUAUGACGACGACGACCGCCGCGACGACCGCCGCGAUGACCGCCGCGACGACCCCAGGGACCGUCGCAAUGACGACGACGACCACUACGAUGAGCCCUAUGAGGACCGUGAUCUCGACAGACCGCCUGUGCCAGCCAAUAAGCCACCGAAGGACUACCGCGACUAAAGCUGCCAAUUUGUAUCAACCUCCAUCUUCUGUUUUAUCUCCAUUGACUUUACUCCAAUGGCAGCCAGUUACCUCACACUCAAGGUGUGUGACCCUUUUUGCCUCCUCCGAUCUUGUUGUGACAUAAUUAGCCCAAACACCACAACUAUCAUGGUAUGAAGAGGAAGCAUGAGCUGUUGUUUUUCUGGAACAAUUUUGUGAGUCAAGCUGUUUGUGGGAGGAUGAGCUGAGGAAGGGCAGGGAACCCAAAAUGGUGGCCACAAAGCCCAUCUGAUACGUUUUAUACAGGGAGUGGUCGGGGUGGGUGGAGUCACCAGUCACAGACUCCGGUAAAGUCUCAGGUCUACACAGUGUCCAGGGCAAGAUCUGUAUCUCUGUUGUGUAAUUUGUAGCUUUGUAAUUCUGAAAUUAGGUGGUAUUUUGGCUUUAAACUCAACUUGUUGGCAUUGUUAAAUAAGAGGUCAUGUCUGUCUGAUGACUUUUGUUGCUGGGUGUAACUGGUGGUAGUUUAUUUUUUUAUUGCUUUUAAUUUAAUUUAAUUUUUUCAGAAAGUUACCUCCAUACUAAAGAAAAGGGCUUCCACUUUGUGUCAUUCUUUGCACUUCAUGGGAUUAUUUCUGUUUAUUUGAGUUUGAUACUGUCUGUACUUGUAUAGAAACAUGUCCUCUCUAUUUCGUGCUGUCAGUUUUUUUUCACCAUAAUAUAGAAAGUAAAACUACAGCUUCCUCUGUGUGGAUUGAUAUCGUCACCACUGUUUUUUUUGUUUUUUUUAUAAAUUGCAAAGGAAAAUAACAAUUUGAAUUUGAAUAAGUCUAAACU